CUGGCCUACUUCAUCUCCUCAUUUCCUCCUAAACAUGCUGGUCCACUUCUGCCGCCUCCAAACACCACCAGCAUGAAGAGACAACGUCACUUCCCCUCCGCCACCCACGACGCCGACGACACCGCCCCCAACACCAUGUCGGCCAAACGCCAGAAGAUCGAUCGCGAGUCCAAGGCCGCCUUUGCAGCCAGCCAGCCCAUGUUCGACACACUGCGAAAUGCACGAGACCGGCUGCCUGAUCAGGGCAUGUACCUCACCGUUGCCGCCAAUCUGGUCCAGCAGCUUCACGUCGGGCUCAAGAUUGACGACGGCAACAACCAUGUUGAGCGACACGCCAAGUACAUGGAUGCCAUCGUGGAAGCCUGGCGAGCUGCCACCGACACCUACUGCCAAAUCUUCUCGCAGCUGACCAGUAUCACUGCCGACAAGCCUGAAGAAUGGAGACGCGCUGCGACUUCGCAUGCCGACUUCGAGAAAAUGUUGCAGAGCGCACAGCAGGCUCAGAAGAUUGCAAACGAGUACACUCUAGCAAGAGAGAAGCCGGAUAUCCCCACAGCCCCGUCAGACAACAACGUCAAAGUCGAAGCGGAAACUUCUAGCUCUUCGAGUAGCGACUCGAAUAGUGAUGAGCCCGAGUCCUCAAUGUUCCCGCCUUCACAGCCCACACCGACACCUGCGUCAAAGAAGAGCUACCCGAACACAAAGUACGACAAGUCUGGAAGCAGGCUAUUAUGGCAGAGCGGAGAGCUGCGAGUGCCCAUCAGCACUCUGACCAAUGACGAGAGGAAGGAAUGGGCGGUUGUUCACAAGCGACUCGAGCGAAUGAAUGCAAAGAAGAAGGUUGCGAGUAUUGCAAAGGGCGCGAAGGUGAAUGGAAGCAGUAACCUCGGGACUGCCCCAAACGGAGUUGUGGCUCCACAGACGACUGGCACCAAGGUGGAAUCACAGGCUGCAGGAGAUUCUAAGGAACAGGACUUGGAAACACUGAAGGAGAUCGAAGCACGCAUUAAAGCCAAAGAAGAAGCCAAACGUGCCAAGAAAGCUGAGAAGAAGCGCAAGCGAGAGAGCACCGACAGCUUCUUGAUCGAAAACCCUGCGGAGCUCGAGGCCGAGCAGGCGACCGCCGGUGCAAAGCCAAAGAAGAAGAAACUCAAACACGCCGAUCAGACCACCUCUGGUCAGCCCACGCCUAAUCAGAAUGGCAGUGCAAAGCGCAAAGGCAGUGUCGACGAACGUAGUGCAGACGGAGGAGGCAAGCCGGCCAAGAAGCACAAGAAGAACAAGAACAAGACAUAGGGCGGCUUGUAAAGACCACGAAAGAUCCUAACGAGUUUGAGCUCUGAUGAAGAGCUGCGUUUAUCUUAGGCGCUGUACUGCAAGAAUCCAACAUUGUACGCAUGAGACGAACAUGCACAGGAAGGCGUUGAGGUCUGCAUGACGAGCGUUUAUUGCUUUUUGAUACGCACGAGCGAGAGAUACCCCAUGUUCAUGGCAGCUUCAGACCGAUCGAUGAUGAGGCAGUGGAAAACUGCAAAAAUGAAAAUAAUUCUACCGAAACCCGAGCUCUCCACUAGGUCCCAACACCAUGGUAUCAGGAGGUACCUGCAGUGUAUAAGUAGAAUUCAUCAGCAUAUCGUGCACUCAGUCUCCUCGGCUUUCAAUGCCGGCUCAAACCGGGCGGAUGCACGCGAAGCGUUUAACUUGAACCUCAGUCUGUCAGGAACAGCAUGCAACUAUCACAGUCCCGGGUACCAGAGCACAGGAAGACGCUCAAGUAUUGGUAUAUUUAUCUAUAGUCACCUCCCAGAGUCUACAGCCCUCAGACGCUGUGUAGGAGUCGUAACUCCAAUUAAUUUGAUUCACAGCAAGACAGUCGCCAG